AUGGAUUUAUUUACCAUCCUCCUUGUUUUGUUAAUUUUAUUUUUUAUAUUCGAUUAUAAUUUUUGUGCGAAGGGGUUGGUCUUUUCGAUUGGAAACAAAUCUCUGCGGAUUCUCAAGGGAUGCAGCAGCCUGGAGAGAGUUUACCGGAGCCCGCUUUAUUUGAUGCACCCACUGCUGCAACAGCUGUUUGUGCACAUCUUCUACAUUUACCUAGAAAAAAAGAAAACAUACGUAAAUCACCUCAUAUGGGAAAAAACGAAGCAUUGCAACGCAGAUAAGACAAAAUGGGAAGGAACACAAAACAUACCCCAAUUCAUAGGAACAACUGUUAGCCAAAUUAUAAAAUGGAUGCAAAACAAAUUGUGGCAAUUGUUCUUCCUCCUUAUUGAAUAUACACGUGUGUACGAGAAUAUUUGCCUCAAGUCAAAUAUCAACACGAGGGAAGUCCUAAAUAACAACAACUUUGGCGUUGUAAUUGUGGACUACUACCUGCCAAAUUGUACUGUUAAGAAGAAGAAAAAAAGUUGGGAAAAUUCGAAAAAGGAUAACAACGAAAUUGAUCUGUACGACUUGGUAAAUAUAAAACAGGAGAAAAAAAUCAAAUUAAUCUUAAUUGACCAGAAAUGGAAAACCGCGCUGAAUAUAGGACCUACACAUGAUGCCCAUGUGCAGUUUCUCUACCUGCAAGAUACGGUCCUGAUUCAGUAUUUCCAGUUUGCCUGCAUAUUUAAGGAGGAAUUUUUAAAAAAGUCCAGUGAACCCCAUGUGGAUGGAAAAGACACACCCCAGGGGGGGGAAGAAAAGCAACACGUUGAACAGAACAUAACAGAUGAGAACGAUGGCAAGUGUGCCACACAGGGGGAAGAAAUGGCCAUGAAGGAACAACCCACCAUAGGGAGGAGAGGCCACAUUCAGGGCGAACAAUUUGACGCGUGUAACGAACGAAGUGGACAUCAGAGCUCCCCCUCGGGGAAGUCAUCCUCUAUAGAAGAAUCCGCAGAAAUACGCACGGGUAGGAAGGAAAGUAGGCUAAAAGUAGGUUCACCAAAUUGCCCACCCGAACAGAAAAACAAGUUUGACGGAGACGGCAGCAGCGAAAACGCCGUGGAAGAUAAAAUAAGAAUCCACAUGAAUAAGUGGAAGUACAAAAAUGUGAAAGGAAUAAUUGUAAUCGUCCCGGAAAUAUUUUACAAUUAUCUAAACGUAGAAGAAGUAAAGAACGGCGUCCCCCUAUAUUACGUACUAGCGAAAGAUGUAAAAAUAGACUCCUUCACGGUUAUUGCAAAAUUGCUGGGAUAUAUUUGUGUGCAUGUUCAUAUUAAUAUAAAUUUUGGUUUGUCUAUUCCGUUCAUUUUUAGCAACAAAAAUGCCAACAUACUGAAUAUUGCCAAUGGGGAAAGUAGAAAUGGUGCCGCCAUUGCGGGGGGAAAGCCAAGCGGUAGUGUAGAUCAACAGUACCUCCAUGAUAGUGCUCACUUAAACAGUCGAAUGCAACCUCAAUCAGUUGUUUCAUCUUACAAGAAAGGCCAGGAUAGAGACCCCCUUUUGCGUGAGAAUUCCCUCCAUGAUGGGAAGAAGCGCGUGUCGGAAGACGACAAUGUUUCUAAUCGACCCUUCCAAAAGGUGGACAGCAGUGAUAGAAACAAAACUUCAUGUGAUGAUCUGAAUAUAGAUGCGCCAUUAAAAAGUUGUGCAAAUGUAAAAACGAGGGAGGAUGGUGAGGAGGUACAUGCUGGGGGAGGAAUAGACGCUCUGUUCAACGCGCCGCUUUUCUCAUGCCCAUUCUCCUUCUACAGCGAUAACUACAACGAUUUGAAUAUUGCCAUGGCACAUUUUAAGUCAAUUUUUAAAAAUCACAAUUUCGUUUUCCUUGCCUUCAAUGAUGGCACAAAUAUUCUGCUAAAUUACUUUUUGGAAAAAAUUUACAAAAAGAAAAAAAGCAAAACAGCGGGUGAUAAUGGCAAAACUCCCCAUUUCAAUUUGCACAAUGCUAGUCCAUACAAAUACCCCCUAUUAAAUUACAGAGCGAAGGGCAACGCUGACCAGAAAUUAGACUCAUCAAACAAUCACAGUAAAGAAAAAAAAAAAAACAGUUCCAAAAUUGGACAGACAAACAAAAGCGAAGAAGAAGGUGAAGUGAUAAAUCUGCAGAGUUAUAAAAAUAAUAUUAUGAAUAUUUUUUUUAAAGAAAAAAAAAAAGUCGAAAGUGAACACACAAAUGGGAAAAACUGCUUUAAGGAAAUCAAAAAAUGGCACAUUGAAAAUUUGAUACCUGACAUGAAAGUUCGAAAGGAUGAAAAUUCCAUUUUGCAACAUGACCAUGUGAAGGACGAAAAGGGGGGACAAGUUCCACCCAACAGCAGAAAGGUUAUGGAGGAAAAUCCAAAUGAUCCAUAUAAAGUUCCUUCCGAAGUGACAAACCUGCCUGUGAUGCCUACACAUGGGGUGGAUGACAAGGUGGAUGAUCGCCCCGUGAGUAGGCACCACGAUGUGGAGAAUAAUCGACCCGUGGAAGAACAAUACGAAGCUGAGCAGGACUACUCGGAUUAUACGGACUGCCAUCACGAAGGGGGAGACGAUAAAUCCGAUGAAAGACACACACAAGAAGGAAAAAGUGACCUUAAUAAUGACUCGACCAUUUUUUCAAAAAGAAAAAAAAAACAUAUGGAAAAAAUAAAAAAUAUGAAAGAAAAAUGGAAAAAGAAAAAAAUAGAGUCAUUUAUGAAUAUAUCUAAAUUAAAUUUUUUUAACAAAGGGAAAGACAUUUGGGGAAAAAACAACUUCGUGAAAGAGAGCGAAUUUAGCGCAGUUACUGCGGUCCAAGGGGGCAACAGUUUGUAUGAUGACAUGCUUAAAUGUAACCUUAAAAGUGACGGGAAUAAAAGCGACGAACAUAGCAAUAAGGAGGGCAAUCCCCAUUGCAACAGUAAGGACAAUGACCAACGGGCGAACCCCUCUUUGGCCCAUUUGGAGGCAGGUGAGGGGAAAAACCUCGUUGCCGAUGAGCUGACCAUCUCCCCAUGCACAAUGCGUGGUGAGAAACUUCAUAAUGAAGCAGGGGAAAGUGCAGUCGGACAGUGUGAUGAAAGCGGAGGAGAAGACAAAGAAAACCAUAAUGGUGAUCACGAUGGAGGUGAUGUCCACCCUCACAACGACGGAGAGGGACCCAAACCGAUCGAAGCCCCCCUCCCCGACUUUGACACAAGUUCGAUGAAAAAAAAAAAAAAAAUGUUAAAAAUAAACGUACUUGAUAAAUUCCGAAAUAAGGAAGCAAAGAUGAUGAAGGAGGGGCGAACGGUGGAGGACGCAUCAGGCAUUUCGCAAAAAUUUAGGUACAGCUUUUUCCGAAUAAAAAAUAAAAUCACAAGUAAUUUCAAAAACCCCGAAUGUAAGAAAGCACAGCAGGAAAAAAAUAUCUUGGACAGAGAUCAAAUGAUGAUCAACUCGUUUGUUAAAAAUAAAAAUGUACUACUUGCGGAAGAAGAAAGUAAUCAUUCGGAUACCUCCACAUGUGAUGAAUAUGGAAAAAAACACACAAAAGAAAUAUGUCUUUUAAUAAAUUUUUCCUACAAUAAUAUGUUUGACAUAUUUAAUUUUCCAGAUGAUUUUAAGGAGACGCAAAAAAAAAAGUUUUCCCUCAUACAUACAGUUUUUUAUUCUGUGCAUAUUUUUUUCAAAUCCUUUUCCACCCUCAUUAAGCAAAGGUACUUCUUCUCCUGCACGAGUGAAUUGACGAAGUUUUUCAAGGCGUCUUUAUUUCAUCGUGUCAGUUUUGACACACCAAAUAGGGGUGAUCCCCAAAGGGGGGGACGUAACCUGGGGGGCACCUUGCUCUUUGGACUGCCCACCAGUAGGAAGGAGACAGAACAACGCGUGAAAGGUGUUAAUAAUGGGGAAAUUCCUUUGGAUGGAAAUCCACAUGUUGGGGAUUUCCCAAAUUACCCCAUUAAACCAACUAAUGGGGAUGAUAAUCGCUCCUCCAUCAGCUUUGCUAAAACUAACCCUAAUCAGAAUUGCCAAAAUGAAAGUCAGUGCAAUGUUAUCUAUAAGAAGGAAAGUUUCCUCAACGUAGGAAAAACCACACGAAGCAGUAACAGUGAGAGUCUUAACAACGCCAAGCGUAGCAGUGGCAAUGAAUCCAUUCCGAAGGACAUGAAUGACGGACACCUCGAUAUGUGUUGCACACACAUGACAAAUGAGGAAGACAGUCAUCUCUUUAGCACCACCAACAAGAGUAGAGAAAGCGCAACAAAUCAGAGCUUCUUCAGAGGGGGUCAUUUCUUCUGGCGGAAUCAUCACGAUGGUAGCUAUUUGGGAGAUCAGUCCAUAAUCUCGCAUGUUCCCAUUUUGAGUGGAAACAGCCAUGUGGCACGCUCUUCCAAGCAGAGUGAGUACUGCUUCCGGGGGAACUUCUUCGAAGCAGACAUGGCCUUGUUGUGUGGUGAGGGUGAAGUGGGCGCCAAUUUUCCCAACGAUUGUGACUUCGCAAAUGGGGUGUCCCUCAAUGGUGGUCUACCCAAUUGUGGCUUACCCAAUUAUGACUUCGUCGUCCCUCAGGACGGCCUAACCAACGAGGGGGAUUCUCCCAACGGGGCGCCACUCUCGACGGAUGAACGCCGCUCCGCACAGAAGGAGGUGAAUAAAAUAUACGGGGGAAGUUCCCCACGGGACGAAUCCUUCGAAAGCGCAAUGAAAGCAUAUUUUAAUGCCAAGGCUAUCUACGACAAGUGGAAAAUAUAUUUUGAAGAAAAUAACUUCCAAGGAAACGCGCAAGAAAAAUUUUUGUUUAACCUUUCAUUCAUUUAUAACGUGUACAAUUACCUAGUAUGGAUAUACAUAUGCACAUAUUUUAACGAAGAAAGCUAUUUCAGCUUUUGUGAAAGCCAGAAAUUUUACCAAUUUAUGAAAGAAAUAAAUUUCCUUAAUGAGAAAAAAGAGUUUAAACGGAAUAGCAGUUUUGUGUCUACCAGUGACAUGUCUAUCAUAAUUCCCCAUUUUUUUUAUCCAAAGGAUUACAAAUUGUUAAAGGUUUUUUUGUACAUGUUACAAGAUUCAGCCAACCAAUUUAUUUCGAAAAAUAUUGAGCAUUUUCAAUUCCCCCUCGUUUUCAUUUUCUGCUCAGAUUCCAGAAAUUUCCAUUUCACCCAUUUUGACAUUAUAAAAAUUUCAAAAAAUAAUAACCUCAUUUAUUUGUUGUACAAGAGGGGCAAUGAGGGGUUGUUUUUGUCUGGCUUCAGGCCGUACAUAUGGAUACACAAAGUGCUCUUCGAUUUUGUGGAGUCCCUGUUCUUAUCGACUUUUGACGAUUAG